UAGCGUGGCUACGUCCGUCCACCAACAGUGCUAUUGCUACCAAAACGACCGUUUGCUGCGCUUCAAGCUUGAUGCAAACUUCUUCUUCUCAUCAAAUAACAUCCUAAAAUACUAAAAACAAGAAUUUGGAGUUUUUCAGGAGUCAGAAAAAAGCGCUUCAGUAAACUCGUCUGUUACCAGAUACAAUAAAAAUGGCAACGUCUGACACUUUGCUGGAGGAUGUACAGCGAUCAGAGAUUAUGCUCCAGCUUCAGCUCAAGGCUAUGAGAAAGUCUCUCAGUCUGCAGCUGCAGGAGUUAAAGAAAAAACAGACAGAGGAGCUGGAGAAAAGGAUUCAUCAGAACUCUCACCUGUCAAGUGAUGAAAAUGGAAAAUCAGAUGAUGAAAAACAAUUAUUUGUGGGAAUGAGGAGAUCCACCUCUUUAUCUGCUCUGACCUCAGAUAAAAGGAGCCCCAGCAAACCCAAACAGAGGCCUAACACAUGUUCGCCGUGUGAACGAUUCGCUUUAUUUAAAACAACACAGCAGGCCAAAGAGGAAGCAGAUGAGGCUGAGUGUAAAAAGAAAUUCUGUGCUGUUCCUGUCCCCGUCCACAUCGUUCGCACCAGCUACCAGGAGAUGAUGGAGCUCAGAACAAAAGAGCGGAAACAGGGCCAGGAAGAGAGGAAGCUAUUCCUGAUCUCCAUUCAGAAACCGUUCAGCUUCCAGGAGAGAGAAAAAAAUAAAAAGGAGAAACAGAUAGAAACAUUAAACCAAGUCUGUCAAAAUCCAAAAGACAAUGUUUGUGUUAAAACCACCCCACAAAAAGAAAGCAAGGAUCCACAGCAACUGAAAGUUUGUGGAAAAGUUUGCACUCGAAAGACGACACAGAAGGAAAGCCCACCGCAGACCCAGAGUCCAAAGAUCCACUCUGCUGAUCUCACCAGGAAACAAAAGUUAGGAUUCCUGGAUGAAGAGCUGAGCUUCCAGCCGACAGUCAUCCGUGCGGUACCAAACUUCAGUCGGCUGCACAAGGCCCUGCAGACUAAAAGGAUGGAGAUGCAGAGCAAAGAUCCAACCAAGUGUCAGCCCUUCUUCUUAAGUACCUCACAUCGACCUGCAAGGAAAAUGAUUAAGGGCCCAGAAACCUCACAGGAAUCUAAAUUCAGAAGCUUUAGUAGAAGUAAGUCACUUGGAGCUUUGACGGCUCUGUCCGCUGACACGCUCCCCACCUUCAUCACAGACGCCGUGAGGCAGCGCUGUGCAGCCAUUAGAAAAUCCAUGGAUUUGAGGGAAAGUAAGAAUCAAGAAAGUGCAGACUGGUUGAAGAACUACCAGACAAGAUCCCAGUCCAUCAGGAAGGCCGUAACUCUUCAUGCCAAGGUCCUGGAUCCUCACAGCAGCUUAAACGACGUGCUCAGUGAGAAUCUGAAGCGCCUUUGGGAGGCUGAUCAACAGACAACGAGAGAAUACACGAGAGAAUUAAAGGACAUAAAGGCUCGAGUUAGUAAACGCCCUUUUUUGUUUGCUCAACUGAAACAGAGAAACGCAAAGGCCCGUGCCGAGCAGAUAUACAGGAGCAAGCUGCAGAAAGCUGGGUUAGAGGAGCAGUUUGUCCAAGAAAAUGGAGAAUUAUUCAGAUCUGAUGAUGACGGUGACACAGAAACACAAAGCAGGGAAGAAAAUGUAGACGACGGGGAGAAAAUUGAAGAUGUGGAAGAGAAGAGCGUGAAGUCCAAAGGGGAAGAAGCACCAUGAUCAAAAAGGUUCAGGCAAAGCCGAGUUUCUUGUGGCCUGUCCACCAGAAAACAAGGCUGUCCUCAAAAGUGAUUCAUGUCACUGCGAACACCAAAGACUUGAUCAUUUCAAAUGUGCACCUAUAAAUUAUAAAAUCACAAAACCUGGGAACCUUUCAAUCACAAAUCUUUGGAUUUACUACGGAAAAGGGAAGAAAACUGUAUUUAAAACCUUUGCAAUGUUUUCUAAAAUGAUGUUUUAGAUUAAUCUGUAAUUGUAUUUUAUUGUCUUUACAGGUCGAGUCACUGGUUGUAUUUAGAAAUUUUGAAAUUGGAACUAAAUGCCACAUGCUCAGUAGUUCCAAUCUGGAUUAGAUGGAUAUAGAGGAUAUGCCUAAAGCUAAAGGUUGCUGAUUUAAAGAGAUCAAGUCAGGGUUUUGUCAAAAAUCAAAAUUAGCACCUGAGGGUGAAUUUGAGUACAAAUAAAAUGAUAAAUGACCCGCACUUGUAUAGCGUCUCUCAGAGUACGGACUUCAAAGCGCUUUACACUACAGUGUAUCAUUCAUCCAUUCACACACUGAUGGUGAUGAGCUACGAUGUAGCCACAGCUGCCCUGGGGCACACUGACAAAGGCGAGGCUGCCGAGCACAGGUGCCACCAGUCCCUCCGAUCACCACCAGCAGGCGGGGUAGGUUAAGUGUCUUGCCCAAGGACACAACAGCAGAAUUCUCUGUCCGGAGCCGGGAUCGAACCUGCAACCUUCCGAUUACCGGACAACCCGCUCAACCUGUUGAGCUACUGCCCCAAAACUAAAUCAACAACAGCAGCACAAAUUAACACACAUAAAAUGCAAAAGAGUAUAAUUAAAGAUGCACUCUUUGGCUUGGAUAUAAUUAAAAAAACAUAGUUUAUUCGAUUUAAUCUGAGAUUUUAAUCCUGGAUAUUAUAAGACUAUAAACAGCAGGUGAUGCAUCCUGUCUCUUCCGAAUGUUACAAUGACUUAUUUGAUAAUGUUCCAAUCUAGAAUAUCAAACCUUUUCCCAUAACUAUAUAUGAAGGCAUGCAUGCAGGAAUAGGAAGCCUGUAAUUUAAAGGACUCAUGCUGCCAGAAUAAACUUUAAAAAAACAAGCUUUCAGUUGAAUUUUUCUACUGAAACUUCAUUUCUUCUGAGAUUUAACACGUGACAUCACUCAGAUAAUUUCACACAGGUUUUAAAAGAGUUUUAGACAUUUUUAACUGAAUGUAUCUCAAAAGAACACAUUCGGUGAGAUCUCAUUCCAAUUUUAUUUAUGAUGAAUGAGGAAUUGAGUUAUUUCUAAAGCGGCACUGCCAGCUAAAUAAACAGUCCUCAUCUGCCUUCACACAGACCAGUGCAGCGGUCUGCUCCAAGCCUGCAAAUCCACAUCAAAUAUUCUUGGGCACUGGCCUCAGCUGAACUCUGUGCUUUGACAGCUGCAUGCCAGGAAUUUCAGAGAUCAUUUUAAGUUACAAACCACAUGAGGAUGUUUGAACAUGCAUUAAAAAAACAUAAUCAAAGAGUCAGCCAUUGUGUCCUGCUUUAAAUCCUUUGAAAUUUCUUGCUUGUACAAUGGUGUAUAGUCAGAAUGUUGUCACUUUAUUUCUAUUAAGUGUAAUUUCAUUCUUUGAUCUCUCGUAUAUCACAUAAUGAAGCUUCAAGGGCUCCAUCCUCUCAGGUUGUCAUGGGAACGCUGUAUCCUUUCCCACUCUGCCUUGAAUUCCCUCAGGAGAAGUCUGUGCACCUCCAAUUCCCCCGGAUGCACAAUGAAACAUUAACUCGAUUCCUGCUUGGAAAUACGUUAGAGCAAACAGUGUGUGUGUGUGUGUGUGCGUACGUGCGUGCGUGCGUGUGUGUAGGCUGAGAAGGAAGAAACACAUUUAGAUUAAUGAGAGGCUGCUGUUUGAGGAGUGGCUGUGCAAAGGUAGAUGAACAAUAUAAUUUUACCAAGGUGGUAUGUUCAGGUCCCUUAUUACUGUAGUCUUUAAAUUUCCCACACAUUUCAUUUUGUAAAUGCUUGGGUGGUAAAUGUAGGCAGCUGAUGACACAUGUCACAUUAGACGAUAAAGGCCCUCAGAUGGUUUUCACCCUUCUUUAAAGCAGCAAUUGUGCUGCUAAUCCCCAGAGUGUGAUUGUUUGUGGUUAUUUUUGCUGCUUUUCAUGAUUUCUUGUUUAAUGUAUCCCCUUGAUUAGAAUGUAAAAGUCCAAUGAGAAAGUUUUGGUGUGUGGAUGUAGAUGAUCUAGU